UUAUCGCAAUGUAAAACAACUAUGUUAUUUUCAAUUUGAAAUGAAGGCAAACAAGCACAAACGUGUCAAGCGAACUCUUGACUUUUAUCGCCAAUUAGUUAAUCUUACAGUACCAUAUCGCAUUCUAGUUGAUGGCUCCUUUGCCUUUGCAGCUCUGAAGCAUAAAGUUAAUAUUAAAGAGCACUUGACGGAGUUACUUGGAGAUACUACACAUACCUAUGUGACUAGCUGCAUCAUCGAUGAGCUACGUGGGAUGGGUGAGGAGAUGUCUGGAGCCGUUUUGGCUCUGAAACGAUGCCAAAGGCUUCGAUGCAACCAUCAACCAAGUGACAAAGCGCCCAAUUCUCGCCGCUGCAUAACUAGCGCAGUAUCUGAUGGGAAUCCUCAAAAGCUAUUUGUCGCAACACAAGACCAAACUAUGAUAUCAUGGUUACGUGAGAAUGGAUGCGUCCCUAUAUUGAAGUUUAACAACAACAUUGUAUUCCUUGAGCAUCCUCCACGCCACUCCCAACAAUACAAAGAUAUGGUGGAGAAAGAAAAGUUGCUUCCGAAAAAAUGGGAGACGUCUUUCUUGCCGGCGAUGAAGGAAGCCAAUAAACCUGUUACCAAACGCAAACCUAAGAAGCCGAAGAACCCCAAUCCCUUGAGUUGUCUAAAACGCAAGAAAAAGGCAGAUGUUAAACCCAAAAAGGUUGCAUCAUCAGACAACGAAACGACACGCCCUAAGCGUAUUCGUAAACGUCGCAAUAAGGGAAAUUCAACUAGUAGCACUACCGUACUACCAACCAAUGACGCAAACAAUGCUGAGUAAAUAAAGAUCCAUAUAUCGGGAUAGCUAGUGCACUGCAUAU